CUGCUGGGUCAUUUCCCCUCCGAGGACGAAGUAUCCCCGAGCUUACCCAGCCUUAUAUGCUCGGCACGCGCCGCAGCCUCUCUCGACUUCCGCCGAGCCCUCUGCCCAUCCCGCUCGCUGCUCUCACACUCGCUCCGGUCUGACACCACUUCGUUCGUUCGUCGCGUCUGGCCCAGCUUAGGAUACAAUGCUUCUCACGAAGCUCAUACAGGGCCUCGGGGCCUUGUCCCUUGUUCAUCUUGCGGUUGCUACCGAGGGACACUUCCCGAAGGCCAACGAGACGGAGGAGUCGCAUGGGGCGGAUAAGGGCCAUGACAGUGGUUAUGAUACCGAGUGUUUUGGAUGUUGCAAGACCAUCACCAAGUGGCACACCAAAACGCACACCGAGACGCACACCAAAACAGACACCUCGGUUAAAACACACACGGAGACGGAGAUCGAGACACACACGGCCACUGUAACCGAGACCCUUCCGGCCUCCACGGUGACGGUCACCGACACAGAGACCGCCAUCGUGAGCUGGGCAACGACUCAGACCAACGAGGUCGAGGUCACCGCCACUGUGAGUUGGGCAACGACCCAUACCAACGAAAUCGAGGUCACCGAAACCGCAACCGUCACGCAGGAAAUCACCGAGUACCUGACGACGACGGAGUUCUCCACUUACACAACAUCCUACCCCGUUACCGAGACCACAACGGUUUGUAAGGGGUAUCCUAAGGAAUGCGAGGUUAGCACGACCACGAAGUGGAAAACAGCAACUGAGACCGACACCAUCGUUUCGACCUUUGUGACGACCGUCAUCACGGUUGUUCCCACGACGGUUCCCACGACGGUUCCCACAACUGUGGUAGUACCGACAACUCUGACCAAUACCAUCACGACUACCGAGCUGGUGCCGACGACGUUAACAAGCAGCACCACAGUGACCGAGGUCGUCACGCUUGUUACUUCGUAUCCCGUCACGGUAACCGACAGCACGACUAUUUAUUCCACCGAGACGUCAGUGGUGACCACGACGUCUGUGUCCACUUUCACAACCGUCAGCACCUUGACGACAGUGAGGGAGCUCACAGACACCGUCACAAACACCGUCACAAACACGCUCACGGACACGGUUACGAAUACCCUCACGGAUACCGUCACACAACUCACGACGCUUCCCGCUUCGACCAUCACCGACGUCAUCACCACGGUCCUCCCUGCCAUUACCAUCACGGUUACCAUAGAUGGGGAGGUUAUCACUUCCAUCAUUCCUGGGCCCACGGUCACCCAAACGACAACCACCACUCUCCCCCCGGUUACCGUCACCGCUCCAGGGUCGACAGUAACGCGGGAGAUCUCUGCCUGCCCUGCUCCGACGAAUUCGGUCCCCGUCACGCGCACCCAGACGACAAAACGCCAGCUCUGGGGCUGCGACCCUGGAUAUGUUUGCAUGGUGCCAAAGCCUCAGGGCUGCAACGUGUGGGCCGAACCGCCGAGCAACGAUUACUUGUGCGAUUCUCGGUACUGCCAGCCGGCACCAAACUUCACGCCGGUCGUGUGGCCCGAUAACGAGACAAGCUACUACCCCCCGGUCGAAGGAUACUUCGACCUUAACCCCAACGCUUUCGGCCUGAGCUACGAUAUCUUCGCCGCCCCCGAAGAGAUCGUCACCAAGAUCGAUGGCAAGAAGACGACCAUCACCACUGGCAAUUAUGCCUCGCAGUCCGACCUCACCCACUACCCACCGGCACCGACGUCCACCAUCACGAAAGUGGGGUCUUAUGGUCGCAGCCUCCGUCUCUCGAAGCGUGAUGAAACCAUCAUCCCACCAGUUUGCUACGAUGCUUGCAACAACGCCUAUCGUGAGACCCAGAAAAUGGGCCUGGUCGACGAGCUCUGCGAGGCGGGAUCUGCUUUCAUGGACGCACACGAUACAUGCAUUGGCUGUUGCGAUGCCAACAGCAAUGCCGACCUCAAGCUCACUCUCCGGUCCAUCGAGAAUCCGUUCGAGCUGGUCUGGACCCUCUGCGGCCUCCAGCCGGGGGAGCCGCAGCAGUCGUCCACCGACCUGCCGCCGCAGACCCAGGUGACCGAGCCGCCGCCGGUCUUGACCAGCUCGCAGGCCCCGCCCAACACCGAGACCGACCCCGUGCCCAUCACCAGCAGCACCGCCGACGAGCCGGAACCCACCCCUUCGUCGACCGAGCCUGAGGCCACGCCCACGCCCACCCCCACUACCGCCCCCACUACCACCACCGCGGACGAACCCGAGCCCACGGACACCGAGACAGAGACCCCGCCGGGCGAGACGUCCGAGUCCGAGUCUCCGGCCCCGUCAUCCACGGGCGACGGUAACAACGGUGGCGGUGGCGGCGGCGGAGGUGGCGGCGGCGGAGACGACGAAACGACCACGCCGGCCCCCACGGGCACGCUCACCUUCCAGACGUCGACCACCGGCCAGCCGGCGACCAGCUCCUUCGCCACGGCGGCGGCUGGCAGGCUCGUGCCGGGUGCCCUGGUCGGGAAGAGCGGGCUGGGGAGUGCCCUGGCCGGGUUGGUGGCUGUGUUGUUCUUUCUUUAGGUGAGGCAGGGGUUUGUUGGUUGUUGGUUGGUGAUGUUUUGCGCUUCGCUUCUAAUGCUUAAUCUUUUUUUUUUGGAUUGGAUUUUGGAUUGUUUGUUUUUUUAUAUUAU